UUCGGCGAUUCCCAGCAGCUGCGGCUGGUCCGUAUCCUGAGGAGCACGGUCAUGGUUCGUGUUGGUGGAGGAUGGAUGGCCCUGGAUGAAUUUUUAGUGAAGAAUGAUCCUUGCAGAGCACGAGGACGGACCAACCUUGAACUCCGAGAGAAAUUCAUCUUGCCAGAGGGAGCCUCCCAGGGAAUGACCCCGUUCCGAUCGCGAGGCCGAAGAUCAAAACCAUCCUCCCGGGCAGCCUCCCCGACACGAUCCAGUUCCAGCGCCAGCCAGAGCAACCACAGCUGUGACUCCAUGCCAUCCUCUCCUGCAACUCCAGGCCAAGGUGGGACUCCACAUCACUUCUCUCGAUGUUAUGACAAACCCUGGUUGAUAAACAGUAAAGCGGGCACCCCUCUGAGGGGAUUCGAUUAUUCCGACUUCCAGCUCUCGAGCGCCGAGGUGACUCCCUCUGCGGGCAGCAAGCUGAAGCGACCAACCUUCCACUCCAGCCGAACCUCCUUGGCUGGGGACACCAGUAACAGCUCCUCACCAGUCUCUACAGGUGCCAAAACCAGUCGGACAGAUCCUAAAAAAGCAGCCAGUCGUCCCACCAGCCGCGCCGGGAGCCGCACGGGGAGCCGGGCCAGCAGCCGGCGGGGAAGCGACGCCUCCGAUUUUGACCUGUUGGAAACACAAUCGGCGUGUUCGGACACUUCGGAAAGCAGCGUGGCCGGCGGGCAGGGCGGCUCGCGCCGGGGAAUGGCCAAACCCUCCAAAAUCCCAACCAUGUCCAAGAAAACAACCACUGCCACCCCAAAAACUCCAGGCCCUAAAAGAUAA